CCGCAGCUGGACAUGGAGAACCAGCGUCCAUCCACUCUGUCAUUCCCCAGUGUUCCACAGGAAGAAACCCCACGGCAGGCCGCUGCUGGACUCCCCCGAGAAACGCUGUCCCAGUCCCGCGUUCUUCCCCCCAAAGAAGUUCCCUCUUUGUCUCCCACCAUUGCCCGGCAAGGCUCCCUGCCCCAAGCUCCCAGUGCUCCCAAACAAGAGACUUCUGGCCGGAUGCCGCGUGCUCUGCCGAGGGCACCUUCACUCCUGUUUCCUGCCACUUCCGAGCAAGAGACUCAUCUCCAGGGCCCCCUGGCCUCCCAGGACGAGACCCAGUAUCCACCCCCAGCUGCUGCUGAACAGGAAGUCUCCCUUCUCUCCCACUCCACCCACCAGCAAGAAGCCCCACUCCACUCCCCUGAAGUUCCCGAGAAAGACCCCUUGGCCCUUUCCCCCACAGUUUCCGAGAGUGACAUGGACCCCCUGCUCCAGAGUCCAGUUUCCCAAAAGGACACCCCCUUCCAGAUCUCUUCUGCAGCCCAGAAGGAACAGCCCCUCCCCACAGGAGAAAUCACCCGCUUGGCCAUGUGGGCUGCCGUCCAGGCGGUGGAGAGGAAACUGGAGGCCCAGGCCAUGAGGCUACUGACCCUGGAGGGCAGGACAGGGACAAAUGAAAAAAAGAUAGCUGACUGCGAGAAGACGGCUGUGGAGUUCGCUAACCAUCUGGAGAGCAAGUGGGUCGUGCUGGGGACCCUGCUGCAGGAGUACGGGCUGCUGCAGAGGCGGCUGGAGAACAUGGAGAACCUGCUGAAAAACAGAAAUUUCUGGAUCCUGCGGCUGCCCCCUGGCAGCAAUGGAGAAGUUCCCAAGGUCCCUGUCACAUUCGAUGACGUCGCCGUCCAUUUCUCAGAGCAGGAAUGGGGAAACCUGUCUGAGUGGCAGAAGGAGCUCUACAAGAAUGUGAUGAGGGGCAACUAUGAGUCUCUGGUUUCCAUGGACUAUGCAAUUUCCAAACCAGACCUCAUGUCACAAAUGGAGCGUGGGGAGAGGCCAACCAUGCAGGAGCAGGAAGACUCUGAGGAGGGCGAGACGCCUACAGAUCCCAGUGCUG